AUGGCGCCGCUCGUCGUCGACCGCCGCGCCCAUCAUGGGUGCGCCUCGUCGAUCUUCGCGAGCGGUCGCGGUCGCUCGCCCGCGCGCGUUCGCGCGUCCUCGUCGUGGACGACGCCGACGACGCUCUUCUCGACGCGUCUCCUCUCCGCGCGUCGCGCGUUGUCGCCGUCGCUCGACGCCGUCCGACGCGUCGCGGACGCGACGCGUCUCGCGCGCGUCGCGUCCGCGGCGGCGACGCGCGUCUCGCGCCGCCGCCUCGCGAGAUCGGCGCGCGAUUACUACGCGCCCGACGACGUCCGAGUCGGGCACGCGAUCGCGUACGUCAAGCGCGACCGCCACGUCCUCGCGGUCGUGACCGCGCCGACGCGGCGGCGACAGGUGGCGGUCGUCACGCACGACGGCGCGAGCGACAAGGUGGAGCUGAAGCACGUCGAGAAGGUGUUCGCGCUGACGACGGAGGAUGGAAGGAGGCUGAAGACGAAGCAGAUGAUGGCGACGCGCGCGUUCGCCACCGCGGAGGUGGACGCGAACGCGAGGGCGGGCGGCGGGGUCGCGCGCGACGCGUGGGCGCGCGUCGUGGCCGCGCGCGCGGGCGACGGCGACGGCGACGGCGACGGCGACGGCGACGGGGAUGGGGCGUCGCACCAGCUGGCGCCCAUCUCGACGGCGGAGCUCGCGGCGUUCUUCUACCCGGAGGAGGGGUCCGGCUCCGGCUCCGGGUCCGACGACGACGCGAGCGCGAGCGCGAGCGCGAGCGCGAGGCUCGCCGCCGUCGCGGCCAAGUCUGGCGCGCCGCCGUCGUUGCUGCGAGCGUACGCGACGCAUCGCGUGCUGAGCGAAGACGCGACGAUGUUCAAGGCGAUGAGCAAGGGGUUCUACGCGCCGAGGACGCGCGUCGGGAUCGAGGCGCGUUCUGACGCCCAGACCGGUCCCCGUACGACCGCGUCGGCGUGGUGA